CCCUCCAUCUACGCCCGGGGAAAAGUGCAUCCCAUCCAGGCCAUCCUCAUCCUCAAGAUACAUCCAGUGAUCCACGACGAGCAGUAGUAGUAUGAGUUCGACUACGGUUACCAUGACGUCUCCGACGACUGAAUGUGAAGGUGUGAUGAUCCCUGAAAGAAUUCUGGCUAUCCUCCCCAGUGGCAUUACUUACCAUGCAUGCCACGUUGAAAUGGAAUCCAUCAAUGAAAAUGAAGUUCAUUUUCGUACAACUCUGUGGCUGAAUCUGAGCACCAAAGAGGAAUUCGAAGAAUGGAUGCGAAGUUUUCAAGAAACUUCUCACGUGACAUGGCGGGUCAAGAGGACAUUUCCAACAGAUGGAGUAAAAAUAGUGUUUAAGAAAGCCUAUCGCUGCCAGCACAACACACGACCAGAGAAGGCCACCAGAAUUUCAAAACGUCGGGUUCCAUCCAAGCAUACUAGUUGCCAGGCUAACAUGAGGGUGAAGAUCAGAGUGUCAAAAUUUAAAGUACACACAAGCAGCAGAAGCAAAGAUCACCAACAGUAUCAUGCACAAAUAAUCUUGAACAACAAACACAACCAUCCAGUGGAGUGUGCUGAUGCCCUGAAAUACAGAGAUGUCUCAGAGAGCACUAGAGCAACACUCACAGACCUGUUCAAGAGAAAAUAUGGACCAACACAAGCUGUGGAGAUGUUGAAAUAUGAGCUGCAGAUGAAGUAUGGUGAGGACUACCACAUGAAGGCAGCAGAUAGAGCUGUAUGCCCCGACAUCCAGUUUGCACACAGAUUGUAUCGGAAGGUUUUUCAGGAGGAGUACGGGGAGUCUUCUGGAGAAGUUAUGCUCAACAGUCUCCAUGAGAGAAUCGAUCAAUUCAAUGCAGAGGCAGGUACCACAUGCAUGGCAAUGGAUGUCAAUGACAAAGUUUCAGGAUUAAAUGGCAAGUUACCAGAUUAUGAUCUCCUGGAAAAGUUUCAUGGUAUGUGUAGCGAUUUGGCCCUGAAAAUGAACCAGUAUCCUGAUGAUUUCAGGCCUGCAAUGAAUGCCAUGGUUCAAAGUUACAACAAAAUAAAAACCGAUUCCUGCCUCAUUUCGGCUAUGCAUUCAUUUGGCAAAUCUACAAUGGCUUUACGUAAGGGCGGUAUGCGACGUACGAGUCAAAUUGGUGUCCAGCCGACAGCAACGGCUCGGCGUAGACCUCACAUGGGAAGAGGAGGCAGGCACCUACAUUCUGGACGACCUACAGGCUACUAAAUCUUCCCAUGUGGGGUAACAUGCCUAUGCCCAUGCCCAUAAUCGAGAUGCUUCUACUUCGGCAGUACUCCCACUACCACGCUGGAGAAGAAACCCUGCACCACACUACCUCAGCCACGCAGUUUCUCAAAACAAGUCUCUGGAAAGACCCACAGUGCUAAGUAAAAGGUUUUUGUAGGCUCGUCUGAGCCAAAUGCUCAAGGGAGAUGAGUGUGAGCAGUUAAGUUGAAAAUUUCAUUUUCAGAUUUUUGAGAGAAAGAUUCUUUACAGGAAUUUAGAUUUUCAAGAAAUUUUAGAGUACGUAAACCUCUGGAUCAGUCUAUAAGCACUGGUCUUAAGGACGGACAUUUUUUCAUCAAAAGUAAUGAUGGCUUAGCAUAAAACUUGAUAAAGUUUCUGAGCUUUUGCGUGUUAGACUUUGUAGCGUAAAUGUCAUUCUGUAGAAAUUCAAACAAUAAUUGGAACUUUUUACGUCACGGACGGACACUGCAUUAUAUUCAAUGCAUUUAUGUGUAUUGUAUAGGUACUGCAUACAUUUCAGUUAGGUACUAGGUGCAUUGAUAUGUCAUAUAUCAUAGGGUAAAUUUCCUUGUGGUAUCUUUAGGUAUUUAGAAAUUAUUGGGAACAUUAAGCCUGUAUUAACUCAUAUUUUCUCAAAUUAUUAGCUGAUAUAUUUAAAAUAUAUCCCUAUACAAUGAUGUUGGUCCUGUUAUGGUUCAUUAAUAUACAAAGUACACACUCAUGCUUAUACAAUAAGCUAGCAGUAAAGUGUAAUCUGCAGUCAAUUUAAGGGCAGCAUACUGGUAUCAGUUAGAAAGAAAUGUUCUUGGUGCCCAGUAGGGCAAGUGAACCUUAAGUCGGUGCACAGAAAGUAAAGGUUUUUGAUAUGCAUUUUCCUAUUAUUUACAAAAGCUGUAACAGUGACCUGUUCAUGUCAUAUUUUGAGAUAUAGCAAAUAUUGAUUAAUCAUUACAUUGGAUCCUCAGGUGAGGCCAUCAAAUUGGCAACUUUACCAACUACAUGUAUUUUGUGAGGAACGAAUUUGGAUUGGCACUACAUACAGAUUCCCAAAGGCGUGUUUUCAGAUGACUUGUUCGCUCUUGCAUAAGCAUUUUGUCCUCACUCAUGAAAAUUGGUAUAUGAAUAAAUCAUGAUAUAUUUGAUAGCAUUAUUUUUAAAAUA